UUCCUGAUUUUCAUGAUUAUAAAUUAAAUACUUUUUAGGUUUUGUUCUGUUGUUUUGGCCAGAAGAAUACAUUCAAAGAUGUCACUUCUUCAUCUUUCUCUUCCUCGGCUCCAGGUUCUUCGAGUACAUCUUUUUGUACCAGAGCCCGGUGAUGUUCCAGAUUGACCAGAAGACGAAGGACUGCUCAAAGAUCGCUCUGACCGAGGCCUGGGAUCCCUUCCACAUCCCAGCCAACUCCACCUUCGAGGACCAGUACAUCAUCGGAGGCCCCCGGGACAACGUGGAGGUCCAGGAGUGGUCGGACAGGAAGCCGGCACGUCAACAUGAGACCUGGGUGGGCGUUUACACCCUGAAGGACUGCUACCCCGUGCAGGAGACCUCCGCCAGGAACAGCAGCGUCACCACCUCCACCCGCUUCUUCAACCUGCAGCUGGGCAUCAGCGACCCCGACGUCGAGAGGAUGUCGGAGUCCGGCUGCUGA